AUGGGUGAUGAUGAAUAUGCUAGACAGUUAGAGCUUCAAAGAAAGGCCUUUGAAGCUCAGUUUGGCUCGUUAGAGUCUAUGGGUUUUGAGGACAAAACGAAAAACCAGACAGUGGAUGAGAUGUCGGAUAGCGACGAGUCACAGAAGUCUGAAGCGGAGACUGGAUCGGAAAGUGAGGGAGAAAGAAGUUUCCAAGGAUUUUUCGAUGAUGACGAGGUGGAACAGUCGAGUUAUUCGCAAGAGAAAAAAAAACGGCAAUCGAGACAAGUUCAACAUCAACCCAAGGUCAUCAAAUUCGACGGGACCAGUGAUGCUUACGUUGCACCCAGCAAAAAAGAGCAGAAGCUUGUAAGGUCAGGUAAGGCACCCAAAAAUUCACUUACUGAAUCCAGACUUCAAGAAGAGCUGGAGGAAGGUUCCGAAGGAGACGAUGAGGCAGCAGAUGUUGAAAAAGAUAAUCUGCAAAACGACCUGGAGCUGCAAAGGUUUUUGAAGGAAUCGCAUUUGCUAAGCGCAUUUGGCCAAAACACCCACAGUGGAGCAGAUUUAACGCUUGAAACCAUGAACAACGUGGAGUACAGAGAUGACCAAGUAUUCGGCAAAGCCCGGUCGCGCACAUUGGAAAUGCGUUUAAAGAACUUGUCGUCCGUGAACGGGAAGUCGCACAAGCUGGAAAAAGUACCGAUGAAUGUCAGAAGAGGAAUGGUUGAUAAACACAUAAAGAGGAUCAAAAAGCAUGAGCAUGAGGCCCGAGAGGGCGGGAUUGUGUUGUCGAAGGUCAAGAAGGGAGAGUUCCGGAAGAUUGACUCCACAUAUAGAAAGGACAUCGAAAGACGGAUUGGAACUAAGAACGCAUCCAGUGACGCGCAACGAAGAGCCAAGCGCCAAAAGGGAAUCAAAGUUAGUUCUGUUGGCCGUUCCACUCGUAACGGGCUGAUCAUUUCGCCGGAGGAAAUCAGACGCAUAAAUGGAGACGGAAAGAGAAACUCGAAAGGAAGGAGAUAG